GGCGACUCCUUUGCGUUGUGGUGGCCCAGGAGAUGGUGACAGGAGGAAGAGGCGGGCUGAUGGAGAGGUCUAGAAGUCGUAUCUGGAGGCCGGUGAGCGAGAUGUUGGAAAAAUUAGUCAGCCUGGUGACCAUCCGGAAUGAAACGGUCCGUCAGGGUCUGGCAGAAGCUCUGGGGACCUUCCUCCUGAUGGGGCUCACCUGAAUGCGUCCAUCACUUUCGCCAAUUGCGUAGUUGGAAAUGUACUUUGGAGCAAACUCCCGGCGUACGUGAUUGGACAGUUCUUCGGAUCGUUCGCCGCAGCGGCUGUUGUUUUUGCUUUGUAUUAUG